UGGGAGGCAGUCGGCCGGCGCCCUCCGCCUCCGCCCUCCCCGUCAGCCCCAGGCCAGCAGCGAGGCGCAGAGUGCCCGGGGAGCCGGGGGGAUUUACUUUCUGACAGUGGCCGAGCAGCCCGGGCCGCGGGCCGGGGGCCAGCUUUGCCCCUCUCGCAGGAUUAAGGCAGCCCAGCCGAGCCCGCAUCUGGAGGCGCUAUUCCUCCUCCUCUGCCAUCCAUUCCUGCCUCAUGGAUUUCAACCUGCUGGCAGAUGCAGAGGCUCGCAGCCCAGCCUUGUCUCUCUCAGACUCUGGGACCCCUCAACACGAGCACAGCUGCAAAGGGCAGGACCACAGCGACACCGAGAAGUCCCAGCAAAACCAGACAGAUGACUCCAACCCUGAGGACGGCUCACUUAAGAAGAAGCAGCGGAGGCAGAGGACACAUUUCACCAGCCAACAGCUCCAGGAGCUGGAAGCCACUUUCCAGAGAAACCGCUACCCAGACAUGAGCACCAGGGAGGAGAUUGCAGUCUGGACCAACCUGACAGAGGCACGAGUCCGGGUCUGGUUCAAAAACCGCAGAGCUAAAUGGAGGAAACGGGAGAGGAACCAACAGGCUGAACUGUGCAAGAACAGCUUUGGAGCCCAGUUCAAUGGACUGAUGCAACCUUAUGAUGACAUGUAUUCCAGCUAUUCCUACAACAACUGGGCCACCAAGGGGCUUGCCACCAGCCCACUCUCGGCUAAGAGUUUCCCUUUCUUCAACUCUAUGAAUGUCAGUCCCCUCUCCUCCCAGCCCAUGUUCUCCCCACCCAGCUCCAUUGCCUCAAUGACCAUGCCUUCAUCCAUGGUCCCUUCUGCAGUGACCGGAGUACCAGCCUCCAGCCUUAACAACCUGGGAAACAUCAACAACCUGAACAGCCCAAGCCUCAACUCCGCUGUCUCAUCCAGUGCCUGUCCUUACGCCUCAACAGCCAGCCCCUACAUGUACAGGGACACAUGCAACUCCAGCCUGGCCAGCCUGCGGCUGAAGGCCAAGCAGCACACCAACUUCACCUACCCAGCGGUGCAGACGGCAGCUUCCAAUCUGAGCCCUUGCCAGUACGCCGUGGACAGGCCUGUAUGAAGGGCUGCCCUCUGCCAACCAGGGACUUGACCUUAGCCUGACAAAAGGAGAUCUUUAGCCCUACAACAGCGUACGUCCUGCAGAGAAUGAGUAAACGUGAGAGGAAGCAAGAGAGUGAGAGAGAGCAAACAGCUAGCAGGCAGACGGACCUCUAUGAAGAUUUGUCUAACUAUCGUAUGGUGAAUUUUGACUGUCUUUCCCCUCCCAAAUCCCUCCCCCUCUCGCCCACCAAACCUCCUCCCUCUUGGUAAAGAAACCAAAACAGUCUACUGGAAGCCCCAUGGGAAAACAGGAGCUCCAGCACAUGGGGUGCCAGACCCAUGGACAGCAGAACCAAGUGUGUUUCAGUCUGCCCCUCCAAGUCCCCCAGGAGGGAGCUCCCCAAAUCCCCAGGACAGCACUGGCAGCUGGAUGCCACCUCUGCAGGGAACAGCCAGGGACAGGGCAAUGCAGGGCCACUGUUUGGUGCUUGGCUGACCCCUUCUCUCUGCACACUUGCAAGAUUUCAGUUAAAGACAUCUUGCCCACUUAUUUACCACACAGCCAGGAAGGAAAGCCUUGUCUCAGUUAACUGGCAUCUCUUUUUGUAAUGUAUAUGCACGGAUGGCCCUUGAGACUUGAAGCCUUUAGGAACAGAGAUGUAAGGAUACAAAAUGUGUGUGUAUACAAAUACAUAUAUAGACACUAAAAUACACUUUUUUCAUUUGUACCUAAAAUAAACUACAAAGCAGACCGUAAAACCUAAAAUCCCAUAAAGCAAGCACGUCCACUGAGGCAGCAUCCUGUUUAUCAUGCUUUAGUGCUCCAGUCAUUUCCAGUCAGACAAGAAUAUCUUUACCAGUAUACAUCCAAAGCAUCCCCUUUUGCAACAAUCAGCUCUCCCUUGCACAUCUCCUUCCCUUCCCCAAAUCCCAUUAAAAAAAACAAAGCAAACAAACAGAUAAUAAAAUAAAA